CUGUACUGUGUCUGCAGUCUCUGGUCAUCUCCUGUACUGUGUCUGCAGUCUCUGGUCAUCUCCUGUACUAUGUCUGCAGUCUCUGGUCAUCUCCUGUACUUAUGUCCGCAGUCUCUGGUCAUCUCCUGUACUAUGUCCGCAGUCUCUGGUCAUCUCCUGUACUAUGUCCGCAGUCUCUGGUCAUCUCCUGUACUAUGUCCACAGUCUCUGGUCAUCUCCUGUACUGUGUCUGCAGUCUCUGGUCAUCUCCUGUACUGUGUCCGCAGUCUCUGGUCAUCUCCUGUACUAAGUCCACAG